GUCCCCGGAGAAGGCAGGGCUCUCUCCGUCCGACCCGGAAGUGCUUCUCUUAUCCGUGGCGGAGAAAGGAGACCGGGGAUCCCUGGGUUGCGGAAGAGGUGGCCGUGCACUACCGUCAGUAUGCAGCGAUUGCUCUUUCCGCCCUUGAAAGCCUUGAUGGGGAGGCAGUAUCUGCGGCUCCUGGCUCGUAGGGCGGCGCCUAGAGCACAGUGUGAUUGCAUCAGAUGCCCUUUGAGGCCAGGGCAAUACAGCACCAUAUCUGAAGUAGCUUUGCAAUCUGGAAGGGGUACAGUGUCCCUGCCCUCAAAGGCUGCUGAGCGAGUGGUGGGCCGAUGGCUCCUGGUCUGCAGUGGAACCGUGGCUGGAGCAGUUAUUCUUGGUGGAGUAACUAGGUUGACAGAGUCUGGCCUCUCAAUGGUAGAUUGGCAUUUAAUAAAGGAGAUGAAGCCACCUACAAGCCAAGAGGAAUGGGAAGCAGAAUUCCAAAGAUACCAGCAGUUUCCAGAAUUUAAAAUCUUGAAUCAUGAUAUGACAUUGGCAGAAUUCAAGUUCAUCUGGUACAUGGAAUACUCACACCGAAUGUGGGGUCGCCUUGUAGGCCUUGCAUACAUCCUGCCUGCUGCCUACUUUUGGAGAAAGGGCUGGCUCAGCCGUGGCAUGAAAGGACGUGUCCUUGCCCUCUGUGGCCUAGUCUGCUUCCAGGGUUUGUUGGGAUGGUAUAUGGUGAAAAGCGGACUAGAAGAAAAACCAGAUGCCCAUGACAUCCCUCGGGUCAGUCAGUACCGCCUCGCUGCUCACCUGGGAUCAGCCCUGGUUCUUUAUUGUGCCAGCUUAUGGACCUCGCUCUCACUGCUGCUCCCUCCACACAAGUUGCCUGAAACCCGUCAGCUCCUACGGUUGAGACGAUUUGCUCAUGGAACAGCAGGUCUGGUGUUCCUUACAGCUCUCUCAGGGGCUUUUGUGGCAGGGCUAGAUGCUGGGCUUGUUUACAACUCCUUUCCCAAAAUGGGAGAAUCCUGGAUCCCGGAGGACCUCUUUACCUUCUCCCCGAUCCUGAGGAAUGUUUUUGAGAAUCCCACCAUGGUGCAGUUUGAUCACCGGAUUCUGGGAAUCACUUCAGUCACUGCCAUUACAGUGCUGUACUUCUUUUCCCGGAGAAUUCCCCUUCCUAGAAGGACCAAGAUGGCAGCAAUGACGCUGCUGGCUUUGGCGUAUGCACAGGUGGGCUUGGGCAUUAGCACACUGCUGAUGUAUGUCCCAACUCCUCUGGCAGCCACUCACCAGUCAGGAUCCUUGGCUUUGCUCACUAGUGCUCUUUGGCUGAUGAAUGAACUCCGAAGAGUCCCAAAAUGAUUCUCAGAGGACCAGCUUCCUGGGACUAUAACCGUGCUUUUGAGAGCUCAUCAGAGAGCAUGAGAACUGGGACUUUUGUAUGAGAUGACCUUGACAUACCAAGUGGUUUCCAAAUGGUCAACUUAUUUAAAAAUAUUUUCCUGUUUUGAGAUAGUCACUGGAUCAAGAAUGCAUUAAGUAUGGUUACCCUAAAGGUUUCUUUUUAAAUCUGCUUUUCAUGUUGAAAAUCAGUUUUAAUGUAAAGAGAGAAAUGUCUGCCAUUUGCUGCUUAACAGGUUUUGUGUCAGAUUUUUCAGUGUUGGCAAGCUCUUGGUUCUACAUGUAUGAUUUCUAUCUCCUUGUUCUCCCGAGUCCUUAAUUCUGCCUAAAUAGAAUUUCUUUAUGAUCUUAACUUCACUUAGGUGAAGUUUGAAAGGAUAGGAUUAGCAUACCCCAAAGUAGCCAGCUGAUCUUCAGCAAAAAAAA